AUGGAUUCCAAAAGGAUAUGCCGUGACUUCGCCAGAGGCAAUUGUCAAUGGAAAAACUGCAAGUAUGCUCAUGUGAGAAAUGACGAGAGCCUCAACCCGACAAUCCCAAGCAGCCAGGCCCAAGAUCCUGAGCCUCUGCCACGGCGACCCCAUUCCUUGCCAAAUGUAGAAAGGGUGUUCCGGGCAUGGCAAGGUAGCAUUCCUCUACGCACGACGGUCAUUCGUCCCUCCUCUGGGAGGAAAACUACUAUCUUCCAGAAAGCGAGGCAAUUGAUUGAGUCUGACGCCAGUAUACGACAAGAGGUUAUCCGAACAUUGGCGAGUGAAGAUGGUUUGCGCCUAGUACUGGACCUCGUCCAGGAGAAUUUUGAAGACAUGGAUGCUGCAACAAGAGAUCUAAUCUUCAAGACACAGGUGCUACCGUUUCUAGAGACAGUCACCAAUCCCGAGGUGAUAUCUUCGCUGGUACUGGAGCAGGCAGUGGGCACAAUCUACAAUGUCUUGUUUGGGAUCGGUGGAUCCAGAGCUGCUCGAUGGCUCAAUUUCAUCUGUGGCGUUCUCGAAGUCGACACUACCAACGAAGGUAGUGCCUUGUUACUAGAGGCAUCUCUACAUACCUUCUCUCGCAUCGCGGACCUGAAUUCUACAGCUCCUAUCCAGGAUAGUCUGCAUGCCGUGGCACAGAGAUUUGAAACUGUCUUCACCUCAAUGAGCAACAAGAAUGGUAUGAGUGGUAGACUUUAUCAAUCUCGCUUGCAUCUUGAUCGUCUUCUUCAGCGCAUGGAAACCGGAAAGUCGCUCCUAGCGGGCAUACCAGAGAAGGAAGUCAAGACUGAAAGCAAAGCCGCUUUCAUCGCCAACCGUGACACUCCUGGGGGUAGACACAACAAUGACUUUGACAACAUCUGCCAGAUUAAGAUCAUGCCCAGCUUCGAAGAAAUCUGCAGCCUGCGAGCGGAGUACUUGCCCGUCAAUAACCCAAGUCAGUGGCACAUCCAAGGUAUCGACGGAUUGCUAGAUCGAAACUUUCGGUUGUUGCGAGAAGAUACCGUCGGUCAGCUUCGAGAUGCAAUUCACUACGAACUGAAUCCACGUGCCCAGCAAUCACAAUCACAACUGCGCAGGUUCGUUUAUCCUAAGUCCAUGGUGAUUAAUCUGGAGUUUAAUUGGCUUUCGGGUCUUUACUUCGAAGUCGACUUCCCUCAGCCUAUUGCGGUAGCAAACUACACACCCAUGGCCCGCGAGAUGUGGUGGCAGAACUCGAAACGUCUACAGCCCGGUGCGCUUGUGUGCCUCAUCAUUGCCAAAGAUGUGGUGGUGUUUUGUACAGUGACACAUCGUGACAUGUCAUCCAGGCGGAAAAAGGAUGCUAUCCUCCCACAGGAUCAUGUCCACCCACAGAAUAGAGCAGAGCCAAGAACACUGUGGAAGAGCUCCACCAGAGGAUCGGUUACACUGAUGCUUGUUGAUUCUCGAUACACCAACAUUCAAGUCGUUCUUGAUCUUUUUAGUCCUAAGAGACCCACUAUAUCCCUGGUUGAAUUUCCAGGAGUCAUUCUUCCAGCCUUUGAACCGGCGCUACAAGCACUUCAAUCGAUGAAGAUGGCCCAAAGCCUGCCUUUCUCGGAGCUUUUUGUCCCUUGGGUCUUUGAUUUGGACUUAUCCGAUAUGGCUCCUCCAUUAUAUGCUUCACAGCCUGGUUUUGCAUUCAAUCUCCGCUCCAUCAUGAAAGAUGACUCCAAUUUCUACGUCCGCGUUAACCAACCAUCUGACGUGAAAUACGUACAGGAUCAUUCAACCCUAGACGGUGCACAGGCCCAUGCGCUGAUCAGUUGUUUGAAGCGAAAGCUCGGUUUGAUUCAAGGACCACCUGGUACUGGCAAGAGCUACACUGGUGUGGCUCUGAUCAAAGUCUUACUGGCAAACAAAGAUGCUGCUCGAGCAAGAUUGGGGCCCAUAUUAUGUGUCACAUAUACCAAUCAUGCCCUUGACCAGCUUCUUGAGGCUUUACUGGACAACAAUGUGACAUCGCAAAUUGUUCGUAUUGGAUCCCAAUCCAAGUCGGAGAGGUUAGAAAAGUUCAAUCUCCAGAAUGUUGCGAAAGAUACAGCAAGGACAAAGAUGGAGAAGAAAGAAAGAUGGAGUACAGCUGAGAGACUCUCAUUAUGUGAGGAUGACUUCCGCACUCUUGAUGUAAAGAAGGAAGUCCCCAUUGCUCGUCUCAAGUCCUAUCUCCAGCGGAUACAUCCCCGCCACCACGACCAGCUAUUUUCACUGGUACAAGAAGAUGGUUUCUUGGGAGUAAAAACCGAAAACCCCCAGACCACGAUCACCUCCUGGCUUGAUUCAGCAGCCAAAGACAGUUCUCGCCCACGACCCGUGGACCAGCUCGGGAACAUCAAUGUCUUCGAGAUGUCUCGAAAAGAACGACAGCACCUUUACAACCGAUGGUGCCGUGAUUACCGGGCAGAAGUGGAUGAAAAAGUUAGGCAAAUCAUUUCAUCUCACAGAGCUGCCAAACAAGGGUAUGACAGCGUCCAGGAUGAGAUGCACCUUCGCUGCCUGGCUCAAGCAGAUGUCAUUGGCGCCACCACAGCUGGACUUGCUCGCAGACUUGACAUGUUCCGACGACUCCCAUGCAAAUUCAUGCUGUGCGAAGAGGCUGGUGAAGUUCUGGAAUCGCAUCUUCUCACGGCAUUUCUACCUUCUGUUGAGCAUGCAAUCCUCAUUGGCGAUCAGCAACAGCUUCGGCCUCAGGUCCAAAAUUACGACCUUUCUAGCGAGAAUCCUCGGGGCGGUGCCCAAUAUUCACUCGAUAUCUCUCUGUUUGAAAGACUGGUGAGCUCAAAGAAAAGCCCCAUGGGCUGUGGAGCUCCUUUCAGUACAUUGGAAACACAGCGACGGAUGCAUCCGUCUAUCGCUCAACUGAUCCGCCAAACCCUAUAUCCGAAAUUGAAGGAUGCUCCAUCUGUCAUGGAGUAUCCUGAGAUUAUGGGAAUGCGGAAAAGAUUAUUCUGGUUGGAUCACCGACACCGGGAGGGAGGAUCUGACGCCGAUGUCAUGUCAACUUCUCACUGGAAUAAUCAUGAGAUUGAUAUGGUCGUUUCGCUGGUCAACCAUCUUAUUCAACAAGACGCAUACAAACAUGGAGAUAUUGCAGUGUUGACUCCGUAUCUGGGACAACUUCACCGACUACGAAAAAGGCUCGAUGAACUCUUUGCCAUUGUGGUAGGAGACCGUGAUCGAGAGGAUCUCAAGCAGGCAGGUUAUGCGGAUUAUGAAGCCAAGGACAAGCCCAUGAUCAAAGCAGCCUUGUCACAGACUCUUCGCGUGGCUACCAUCGACAAUUUCCAAGGCGAAGAAGCUAAGGUUGUUGUGAUAUCUCUGGUUCGAAGCAACACGCAGAACCAAUGCGGCUUCCUACGCACCCCAAAUCGGAUCAAUGUUCUGUUAUCGCGAGCACAACACGGCAUGUACAUCAUCGGUAAUUCGGAGACCUCGGUGCAUGUUCCCAUGUGGGCUCAAGUCGUCAAGAUUUUGAAGCAAGAUCAAAACAUCGGAAAGGCCCUGGAGCUGCAAUGCCCCCGCCAUCCAGAUACAACGAUUGUGGUCUCGUUGCCAGAAGAUUUCCCUAGGUUUUCGCCCGAAGGAGAGGACCCGGGAGCAUCUCAACCAACCAUGGAAAUUGCCAGCAACGGUGUGACCGGGAUCAGAGUACGUGCACUCAUACCUGCAACGUUCCCUGUCACGGUGAAGAGCCCUGUCCUCCCUGCAAAGCUCAUUGCGAAGUGCAUUGUGGCCAUUCUAAGUGCCCGCGAAAAUGCUACGAGCCGUGUACACCUUGCGCCGAAGAAAAAUGUCUUUCGGCGUGCCCUCACAGUGUCUGCUCAAUGCCAUGUGCAGCCUCUUGUGAUCAUGUUCCAUGUUCCAAGCGAUGCGAGAAAAAGCUGGACUGUGGACAUCAGUGCCCGUCACAUGGAUGCGCAAAUGGACAUGGCUAGCUACUACGAGCUCGAUAACAGUGGCAAGCCCGUCUUUAUCUGCGUAUCGUUGAAACCGUUCUCUAUCCAAGACAUCAAAAGAUGUGCCACCUGUCGUGGCCCGCUUCGAGACGUUACACGAUAUGGCCGGCUGGUUCGCCGAGCUAUCCUUGAUGAGUCGACGAGGAAAUUGAUCGUCUUACUCAAUCAGGAAUAUGUUCCUCUAGCACAGGAACUUCCCCAGCUUGUUCGCGAAUUAGGUGCAGCCGAAGCUCAAAGAAAGUAUCCGUGGCCACCAGUGAUUGAGAUAUGUGGCCCGCGAAACAACCAAGUUCAGAACAUGGGAGAAAUCAUCAACACCACAGACCCAGGUCGAUGGAAUGCAAUCCUUGCCCUGCGAAAGCGCGUCGAUUCCUAUCGGCGCCGGGUGAAACCUGAGGAGCAACCAUUUGAAAGAGUUCGGAGAAUGAUUGAAAAUGCUCGACAACGCCGAAAAAUCAAAAUCACCCCUGAUCAUGUCGAGAAUGUGCUACAGACCAAAGGUUUCCUACAGGGCACUGCCCUCUUAAUCCGUCUCGACACUGCUUUGCUCGUUGACCUUCUGAGUCUCGUUUCCAAAGGACAACCAAGUGAGGUGACACCUCGAUUUGAGCUUGAUCUACAAAAGAUCAAGGAUGAUUGCCAGACCCUCAUUCAGCAAGCAGUCACUCACAAUCGACUUCUACAACAGACAGAAGGUCAUAUUUUCCUAGCACAGCUCUAUGCUCUUGAACGAGCACAUUGCUUGACACAGGAGAAGAGGAACGAUAUCUUGCAGCACGGCCAAGCUGCCAUUCGGAAAGCUAGAAAUCUUUGCGAUGUGCACCCAAGCCAGACACGAGGAUUGGCAGAUGAAGUUCACAGCGUCGAGAAGAUGUUGCGCGGGGGUACAUUCUACACAAUCAUCACCAACGAGGAACGCAUGGAGGUUCUUUCAGCCAUGGCUCAAGAGUUCAGGGGCACUGGGCAUUGGUACUACUGUCGUAAUGGACAUCCGUUUACCAUUGGGGAUUGUGGGGCAGCCAGGGAGAUGAGUCGCUGUCCUGAGUGUGAUUCUCCAGUGGGAGGCGAGAAUGCUGAAUUGGCAGAGGGGGUCACCGCGGCGGAGGACUGGGAUCGCGAUAGAGCGAGAUUGAAUCUUUAG